GUUCGACGCUUUACGGCAGCUCUUUCUCUUUGCCGGUAUGGUGCUUGCUUUAAUCGUCCUUGUGGAAAUGCUGCUCUGAGGUCUAGUAGAUUCAGCAGCACGAGGAGGUGAUGGCUUCUCAUUUUUUGAAGUUCUCAGUGCUGGUGCAGAAAUAUCGGACGCCUCUUCUUCUUGCUGGCUGUGGAGGCGUUUUCACGGCGAACAUCUUCUACCACGUCUUUCCAGAAAACACUUACCGAAAAAUCUAUCAGGCCUGGAGCAAAGGAGAGCCGGCGACGUUGUCGGAAAAGCUGGAGAAUGUGUUCCAGCAGGUGCUGAAAGACUCGGCGGUCAGUUCUUCGGAGAACUACACGGCUUUCGCUGCUUAUGGUUUCCAUCCUGUUGGUGCAGGGAUCCCGUGGCUUCCCUCCGGAGCACAGAUCGGAAUCCCAUCCAAUUUUAACAGCACCCCGGACGACCUGUCGGGAAUCACAAAUCGCACCAUUCUCAUCAACAGUAAAGAAGUGGACUGGGACAGUGAGACAGGCAGCACACUGAAAAAUGCCCUGGUGUUGUCUGAAGAUGCGCAGAAGUUUGCCAUGGCACGCGAGGUGGCCCGGUUAGAGUGCGCUGGCCCGGUGCUGCAUGCUGCAGUGGCUCCGAGCUGCUUGGCUGGAGCCUGGAUUUACAGCGUGGCUCUCAAGCAGAUUUUUGGGCUCUUCGCUCGAUCCGUUAUCCUCCGAGCCGGGGUUAAUACGCUCGCUCUGGGUCUCGGAGCCUUGUCGUACUAUUUAGCCUCUGACGCCGUGAACCAGUGGCUGGAGUUCCACUCGGACCGGCGGGCUGCUAGCCUGUCCCAUGACUACGCGAAGGGAGGAGUUGAGUUCUAUGAGAAGAUUCUGGCCAGGAAUAAAACCCUGCGUGUUCUGAUGGGGCCCAAGGGGGAGGAGAUGUACACACCAAGCGGCAAUCUGUUCCCCGCCAGCCUGCUGAGUAUGAAGCAUGCGCCGUACACAUCCAGACGAGAUGGAAUUCUGAAUCUGCUGAAAGAGGAGAAAGCAUAAAGGACAUUUGAGUAAAAGGUUCUGUUUACUAAAAGAACUUUCUGAUGUCCUUCCAUGAGCAUGUUCAGAUAUGGUGACUAUGUUACAUAGUAGGCAUGUUUAUGGGGAUAGAACGAUAUUAGACUCAAAUAUAUGUACACUAUAUUGGCAAAGGUUUUGGGACAUCUGCCUUUACAUGCACAUGAAUGUAAUAUGGAGUUGUCCCGCCCUUUGCAGCUAUAACAGCUUCAACUCUUCUGAGAAGGCUUUCCACAAGGUUUAGGAGUGUGUUUAUUGGAAUUUUUGAUCGUUCCUAUAGAAGAGCAUUUGUGAGGUCAGGCACUGAUGUGGAUCUGUACAAGAAGGUCUGGCUCACAGUCUCCACUCUAAUUCAUCCCAAAGGUGUUCUAUCAGGUUGAAGUCAGGACUCUGUGAAGUUCCUCUACACCAACCUCACUUAUCCAUGUCUUCAUGGACCUUGCUUUGUGCACUGGUGUACAGUCAUGUUGGAACAGGAAGGAGUCAUCCCCAAACUGUUCCCACAAAGUUGGGAGCAUGAAAUUGUCCAAAAUGUCUUACUACGCUGAAGCAUUAAGAGUUCCCUUCACUGGAACUAAGGGGCCGAGUCAACCCCUGAAAAACAACACCUGAAUUCAAUGAUUUGGAGGGGUGUCCCAAAAGUUUUGGCAAUAUAGUGUAUCUAUACACACACACACACACACACACUGACUGUGGCCAGAGUGGAGUCACAGAAAGCCAGGCUAAAACCGUAUUCAGUUUGCUAACACAUGCAUACAUUAGUGUAAAAAAAUAUGCAUCACAGUGUGUUGAGUAUAUUCAACAUCCUCAAUGAAACCGAUGUUAGGAUUUUUUUUUGUUUUUUGGACCAAUUCCACAAAAUUCUCUGAAUGCAACCUAAGUUGUAUGUAAAAAUCAGCCUAUGUUUGUAAUGACACGAGAAAAAUGAUAUGAUAGAAUCAGAUUUGAUCACAGUUUUAUUGUAUAGGAUGCCUGAAGAGUCGAGAACCAAUCAGAGGACAGAACUACACAGUUGACCUUUAUCCAGCUUCCCUUUGGGGUUUUUGUGGAUUUUCUCACCGUGUUCAGAUCAACGUAUUUGCUCUGCAUAUCGCUGUACGUUCCUGACUUUUCAGACACCUUCGGUUAUGGUAUCAUAUUUAAAAAUUAUGUGAAAUUACAAGGAGGAUGUCGCUCUUCAGGGGUUAGGGGGUUUGAUUCCUCUGCUCUGUGUCAGAGUUUGCAUGUUCUCUGGUUUCCUCACCCAAUCCAAAGCCGUGUGUUGAUUGCUGUCUCUAAAUUGUAUGCAGUGCGUGUAUGAUUGUGCACUGUGAUGGAUUGGCAACCUUUCCAGGAUGUCCUCUUCAACCUUGUUCCCCUGAGUCCCCUGUGACAGACUCCAUGCUCUCUGUGUAGGAUCAGAGGCACAAAAGAUGGAUGAAUGGAAAAAAUAAACAGACUUUAUUUUGUGAAUCA